UCUCCCGUAUCGGCAGCGAAACCCUAGAAUCGACGCGACGCGAGGUGAGGCGAGACGGCGCCGAAGACGAGAGAAAAGGAAAUCGUGAAGGAGGCGGAGAAAGGAAGAGGCAAUCAUGUUCCGGCGGGCUGUGGGUUCCCUCCUCGCACGGAGGUUCUCGCCAGGUGUGAACCCAAGGACUGCUCCUGCGCGCUCUCUCCGCUCCUUAUGUUUCUCAUCCCGAUCGACACAGAGGGAUCUCGCCAUCGGUAAUGGCCUUCUUAAUGCUUAUAUUUUGGCCGCGUGUGCGUUGGCUGGUGGUGGUGGGGGGUUGGUGAUUCGGCAUUUCAGGCAAGGCACAGUUGCUGCUGGCAAGCUGAACCACAAGGUCAAGUUUAAGAAGCCGGACAUGAAGGAGAGGUUUGAGCGUUGGAUCAUCGCGAAUGGAAAGACAUACCGAGAUGAGGAAGAGAAGGCUAUGCGGUUCGAAUUGUUCAAGGCCUCCCUCGAGAGUGUGGAAUCGCAGCUCCCUCUGGUCGAGGAGAGCGGUGUGCUUCCAGGGGUAAGCUGUUUUGCAGACUUCACAGACGAGGAGACACGGGAGCUGCUGGCCUUUCCCGACGGAAUUGACGAGACCGACUACGACGAGAUCAUCAAGUCUGCCUGGGCCAAGCAAGAGAAAGGUCUCUUCCAUAGUUUAAAUAGCCGGCUAUAGCCCCGCUAUAGCCUUUUCAGCAGGGUGCUGCUGAAUGGUCUCAUGUACAAACAUCCUGCUAUAGCCUGUUGUAGCCCGCUAUAGCUGAUUUUGAGGUCUGUCGCUAUUUGGCAUAGCCCGCUAUUUAAAACAUUGUCUUCUGCAAUUUAUUUAUCCUUGAAUAUGCACUUGCUAGCUUCAAUCGCAUAUGAAUUUACCCGUUUUGUUUUGCAUGUCA